AUCUGGCUAGGCUAGGCUACGACUUCAAAACGAAACAAAAUGGCUGCGCCCAGUAAUCAAAGUAACCUUUCGGGCUUGUAGAGUGUUUAGGACUUAGAUAUAAGAUCUAGAUCUAGAUCUAGACUAGACGAAGUAAAAACAAAACAAAACAACAACCAGCCUAGGCCACCUCACAACUUAUUUCGAGGAAUCUUGUGUAUAAAUUAAGAUUCACUCAGGGGAGGACGAACAAACUGUCAAGAUGUCGUCGCCGGAGGUGGAGAGAUUUGAAAUGUCAGACACUGACUAUUACCAGAUGUUUGACCCGACAGGCAAUAGAAGAAGGCAGACCAAAGAUGAUGCUACCUAUGGAAUAUGGGCGGACAAAGACAGUGACGAUAGCGGUGAUGAAAUGGCCGGUCUCGGUGCAAGGGGCAAGGGCAAAAAGAAACCUGCAGGCCGAGGUCGAGGUGCUAGUAUUGGGGGAGGAGGUGCUGGAAUUUCCUUUGUCAGUGGAGGAUUCAAAGAGGAGGAAAAGAAGGACGCCUCUAAAGACAUUGUCAAUGAAACAUGGAUUGAAAAGAAGAAAAGUUCAAGUAAGGAAGCCCCGAUGCCUCGAUAUGUCAAAGGGCAUCAACAGGAUCAAGACAGGGGAUUUGGCUCAUGGGAAAGACACACCAAAGGAAUUGGACAAAAACUCCUAUUGAAGAUGGGUCAUAAGCCUGGCGAGGGUCUCGGCAAGAAAGGUCAAGGAAUUACGACCCCUGUAGAGGCUGUCAAGCGGAAAGGUCAUGCUGCCAUUGGUUACUACGGCAAGGAGCGUUCUGAGCGGUCUUUGAAAGACUUCCCUGUGAAGGAUGAGGAAGAGGAAGAGGAAAAAGAGUUCAAGAAACAGCUCUCGCAGUGGAGGAAACAGCCAGUGGAGGGAAAGAAAAAACAGCCGAAAUAUGUUUAUAAAACAGCACAGGAGGUGCUGGACAGCGGGGGCGUGAGACGCAGCAGACCAGCCCCUGAUGCAGCUACCAAGGUGAAGGUCAUUGACAUGACUGGGAAGGAACAACGAGUUCUGUCAGGUUAUCAUGCCAUUGGCAAAGGACACGACAAACCGGAUGAAGAGGAAGUGCUUGUAGUUCCCGAAGCUCCUAGGACGAGAGCGUUUGACAUGCCCGAGCUGAUGCACAACUUGAAUCUGUUGGUGGACAUGGCGGAGGACGAUAUCGUGCAGAACCACAGGAAGCUGCGUCACAACCAGGACCGUAUCGUGAACCUGGAGCACGAGGAGGAUCGGCUGCACACCGUCGUCGAGCAGGAAGCUCGCCAGUUGGAGCGUCUGCAGACAGUGCUGGACCUGGUCAUGGAUUGUGAGAAGCGCUGUAAGUCAGACAGCCCAGACCCACUCACCCUGGACUCGUGUCUGGGAGUCUUCAAGAUGCUGCAGCAGGAUUACUAUGAAGAGUAUAAGAUCUACGAUCUGCCCUCGCUCGCCAUCGCUCUGGUGUUUCCUUUAAUGAGAACGUUCUUCACGGGUUGGCUUCCCUUGCAUGACCCCAAGUUUGGCCUGCACACCGUGAUGGAGUGGCAGCUGCUGCUUGGGGCGGACGCCAGCGCCAUGACCUCUGAGAUGAGGGGCAAGGAGAUGGAUGUCUACCAGCGGCUCAUCUGGGAGGUGUGGCUUCCACCAGUCAGAGCCACCAUUCUGAAGUGGAGCGUGCGCGACACGGAGCCCAUGAUUUCUCUCCUGGAGACGUGGUCACCGGCCCUGCCGUCCUGGGUGCUGGAGAACAUUCUGGACCAGCUGGUGCUGCCCCGCCUCCUGCAAGAGGUGGAGAACUGGAAUCCGCUGACCGACACCACGCCCAUACACUGCUGGCUGCACCCCUGGUUGCCCCUCAUGGGUGAGAAACUAGAGCCCCUGUACGCUCCCAUCCGCCACAAGAUAGCCAAUGCCCUCACCAGCUGGCACCCAUCAGACGGCUCGGCAAAGAUUAUCCUGGAACCUUGGCACGGUGUGUUCCGACCGGGUCACAUGAGCGCGUUCCUUGUGAAGAAUAUCCUGCCGAAACUUGAACUUGAGAUUCAGAAUCUCACCAUCAACCCACACCAGCAGUUUCUAGACCCUUGGCGUUGGGUGAUGUCCUGGAAAGACAUGAUGCCCAUCCAGCCGAUGGUGGUGAUGCUGGAUAAGACGUUCUUCCCCAAGUGGCACCAGGUGCUAGCUGCCUGGCUGACCAACAUGCCCAACUACCAGGACAUCACCAAGUGGUACCUGGGCUGGAAGGCACAGUUCCCGGAGAACUUGCUGGGUCACCCGCUCAUCAAAGAUCAAUUCAAUAAAGCACUAGAGACCAUGAACCGAGCUGUGUCUGGCAAUUUUGUGCCUGGCAUUAAGGAGAACAUCGCAUACUUCACGCACGCGGAGCGGAGGAUAAUGGACUCAAAGACAACUCCAACUGUUGCGCCACCAGAAGCCUCACAAAGAUCUGCUGGUUCUGUAAGUGUCCCAACAACGUUCAAGGAACUUGUGGAGAGAAGGGCUGAAGAGGAGGACCUGCUGUACAUUCUGUUGGCCGGCAAGUCCCAGGAGGGUAAGCAAGUGUACAGGUUUGGGAAAGCUCUCAUCUACUACGACCACAACGUGGUGUUCAUGCAGGAUCCGUCCGGCCGGUGGCUGCCCACCUCUCUCAACACAUUGGCGGAGGCUGCCAAGAAAUGAUAGUGAAAUAGUACAUGCAUUGCGUUUGUGUGUGUGUGUGUGUGUGUGUGUGUGUGUGUGUGUGUGUGUGUGUGUGUUAUUGCCUUCAGUACUCUCAAGCACAGAGGUGUACUGCGCUGAUGAUCUCCAGUACUUAAAAAAGACAAAGUGUGUGAUAUUCAAAAUCUGCAGUUUUUGAAAGAUGAAAACAUACUUCAUUUAUUCUUGACUGAUAGAAAAUAAUAGUAUACUCGACAGUUUGAAAUUAUAUCUCCACUUCACCAAUGAGAAGUAGAAGUCAACAUAUCCUUCAGAUACAAUUGGAUGAGUUGUAAUUUAGUGAUUCACGUGUAGUAAUGUCUACUAUUGAACUUUCACUGACCAUUUUUUUCUUUUAAUGCUUUAGGUUGAAACUUUUUUUUUUGUUAAAGGAAGAGGCUGAACGAGCAGUACUGCACUUCUUGAAUGAACAGAGAGAUCUUGUGAGAAAGUUAAUGAAAUGUGAGACUUUGUUUGCCUGUUAUCUGUUGUUAAUAUUGUUAACCCUUUUGGUCUGAAUAAAGUUACCUGCUGAAUUUU